UCCUGCGGGUAGCAGGAGGCUCAGGAGGCUCUGGAGACUGGGGUGAGAGAGAGGAGGGAGAGAGAGAGAGAGAGAGAGCGAGAGAGAGGGAGAGAGGGAGAGAGAGAGAGCGCGAGCGAGCGAAAGGUGAGCCGAGCUGAAGGAGGGCACGCGCUGCCGGGCACCCCCAGUCUAUGGAGCGGGGUAAGAUGGCGGAGGCGGAGAGCCUGGAGACAGCGGCGGAGCACGAGCGGAUCCUCCGAGAGAUCGAGAGCACCGACACGGCCUGCAUCGGGCCCACGCUCAGGUCUGUCUAUGAUGGUGAGGAACAUGGACGAUUCAUGGAGAAGCUUGAAACUCGCAUCCGCAAUCAUGACCGAGAAAUUGAGAAAAUGUGUAACUUUCAUUACCAGGGCUUUGUGGACUCUAUAACGGAACUGCUGAAAGUAAGAGGAGAAGCCCAGAAACUCAAAAAUCAAGUGACGGAUACUAAUAGAAAACUACAACAUGAGGGAAAGGAACUGGUAAUAGCAAUGGAAGAGCUGAAGCAGUGUCGACUACAACAGAGAAAUAUUUCUGCCACUGUUGAUAAAUUAAUGCUGUGUCUUCCAGUCCUGGAGAUGUAUAGCAAACUGAGGGACCAGAUGAAAACUAAAAGGCAUUAUCCUGCACUGAAAACUCUGGAACAUCUAGAGCAUACCUAUCUGCCUCAAGUAAGCCAUUAUCGAUUCUGCAAGGUGAUGGUGGACAAUAUCCCCAAGCUUCGAGAAGAAAUUAAGGAUGUUUCUAUGUCUGAUCUCAAAGACUUUCUGGAGAGUAUCCGCAAACAUUCAGACAAAAUUGGAGAGACUGCCAUGAAGCAAGCCCAACAACAAAGAAACCUGGAUAACAUCAUCUUUCAACAACCCAGGAUAGGUAGCAAGAGAAAACCUAAGAAAGAUGCAUAUACAAUUUUUGAUACAGAGAUAGGAAGCACUAGCCCCAAGUCUGAACAGGAUUCAGGAAUUCUGGAUGUUGAAGAUGAGGAAGAUGAUGAAGAGGUACCUGGGGCCCAAGAUUUGGUUGAUUUCUCUCCUGUUUAUCGAUGUCUACACAUAUAUUCUGUCCUGGGUGCCCGGGAAACGUUUGAGAACUACUACCGAAAACAGAGGCGAAAACAGGCUCGUUUGGUGCUCCAGCCUCCUUCUAACAUGCAUGAAACUUUAGAUGGCUACAGGAAGUAUUUUAAUCAAAUUGUAGGCUUUUUUGUGGUUGAAGAUCACAUUUUACAUACAACCCAGGGUUUAGUAAAUAGAGCCUACAUCGAUGAACUGUGGGAAAUGGCACUUUCAAAAACCAUCGCAGCACUCCGUACUCACUCGUCUUACUGCUCUGAUCCAAACCUCGUGUUAGAUUUGAAGAACCUCAUUGUGCUUUUUGCUGACACACUUCAGGUGUAUGGUUUUCCUGUAAAUCAGCUUUUUGACAUGCUGUUAGAAAUCAGAGAUCAAUAUAGUGAAACUUUGCUAAAGAAGUGGUCAGGUAUUUUCAGAAACAUACUUGAUUCUGACAACUACAGUCCUAUACCAGUAACAAGUGAAGAGAUAUAUAAAAAGGUGGUAGGACAAUUCCCAUUCCAAGAUACAGAGCUGGAAAAGCAACCAUUUCCAAAAAAGUUUCCAUUCUCUGAAUUUGUGCCAAAAGUUUACAACCAAAUUAAAGAAUUCAUCUACGCCUGUCUGAAGUUUUCAGAAGAUCUUCAUCUAAGUUCAACUGAAGUUGAUGACAUGAUUCGUAAAUCUACAAACCUGUUGCUAACUAGGACUCUGAGCAGCUCUCUGCAGAAUGUCAUUAAAAGGAAGAAUAUUGGACUUACUGAGCUUGUCCAGAUUAUUAUCAAUACAACACACUUGGAGAAAUCCUGUAAGUACUUGGAAGAAUUCAUCACCAAUAUCACUAAUGUGCUUCCAGAGACAGUCCACACCACCAAACUGUAUGGCACCACGACUUUUAAGGAUGCCAGACAUGCAGCUGAAGAAGAGAUUUAUACCAACUUAAACCAGAAGAUUGACCAGUUUCUACAGCUGGCUGACUAUGACUGGAUGACAGGAGAUUUGGGCAACAAAGCUAGUGAUUACCUAGUAGACCUCAUUGCCUUUCUCCGUAGCACCUUUGCUGUCUUCACACACCUUCCUGGAAAGGUGGCCCAGACAGCAUGUAUGUCAGCUUGCAAGCAUUUAGCCACGUCCUUGAUGCAACUUUUGCUGGAAGCUGAAGUAAGGCAGCUCACCCUGGGAGCAUUACAGCAGUUCAACUUGGAUGUCAGAGAAUGUGAACAGUUUGCCAGAUCCGGCCCGGUGCCUGGGUUCCAGGAGGACACGCUGCAGUUGGCCUUCAUCGACUUGAGACAACUUUUAGAUCUCUUCCUCCAGUGGGAUUGGUCAACGUACCUAGCUGACUAUGGUCAGCCCACCUGCAAGUACCUCCGGGUAAACCCUGUGACAGCUCUGACCCUGCUUGAGAAGAUGAAGGACACUAGCCGCAAGAACAACAUGUUUGCACAAUUUCGGAAAAAUGAGCGAGACAAGCAGAAAUUGAUUGACACUGUGGCCAAGCAACUCCGGGGACUCAUCAGCAGCCACCACUCAUGAAGGCGGGCCUCAGGCCCACGGAGGCUGCUAGCUGCAGCCCCAGGGUCCGGACCCCAGCACUGGCUGGCCCUGCAUUUGUGCAUUCUUCUUCAAAGAGAGCAAAUGUAUUUUUUUAAUAACCUAUGUACAGUAUUCGCAUAACCUUUCCCUAUAGUGAAAGAGGCACGAGGGUAAGCAAGUCCACGAGCUGUUGCUAGGCUUCAGGGGAAGUCACACUACACUGUCUGUAUUUUCCUAGAGAUGGCGGUGUCAUCGGUC